AGUAGUGUUUCGUCUUGCCAGCUUCAAUCUUGAAUCAUGGCAACUACCCACCAACCUCUUCUAGGCACUCCCAAAAAGAAUUCUAUUUUCUCCUGCAAAGCCCUCUUCCUAGUCCUCGCUCUAGCUGCUAUCAUAUCCCCAUCUGCUUUCGUAGCUUUCCAUUUGCUCAACAACAGGAGUCCCCCCAAUCUCUCUUUGCCUUCUCAAUUAUGUAGUCGAGUCCAUAACCCAACCUCGUGCCUCCAAACCUUCUUGAACAACUCUGUCUCUCGCAUAGUCGAUGCUAUUGAUGCGGCCUACCAUAUCAGCUACCGUACCAAUGAUGCCCGUGAGCAAGCACCUCUAGCUGACUGUGUGGAGCUACUGGACCUCUCCAUCGACCGUGUGAGGGACUCCGCCGUGGCCAUCGGCGGUGGUUCAGUUGCAUCACUCGCCGACGCUCAUUCAUGGCUAAGCAGUGUACUCACCAACCAUGAGACCUGUUUGGAUGGGCUCAACGGUUUUCCUGCCCAAGCAGCUAUCCAAGCCCAGAUCCAGGACUUGAUAGCCAAGGCAAGGACUUCCUUAGCCAUGUUCACUAAGAUCUCUCCGUCCGAUGAAGAAGCACUCCGGCCAUUGCUUGGGGGAUUUCCUUCCUGGAUCACUAAUAAGGACCGUAAGCUUCUCGAGUCUCUUCCAAACGACAUUAUGCCCAACGCCAACGUUGUGGUAGCCAAGGAUGGAAGCGGAAACUACAAAACGGUGAAGGAAGCUGUUGCAUCAGCACCCGAUAAUGGGAAGAGCAGAUACGUUAUCUAUGUGAAGAAAGGGACUUACAAGGAGAACGUUGAGGUUGGGAAGAAAAAGAAGAAUGUGAUGAUCGUCGGUGAUGGCAUGGAUUCCACCAUCAUUACUGGCAGCCUUAAUGUCAUCGAUGGUUCCACAACCUUCAAAUCUGCUACACUUGCUGCUGUUGGUGAUGGAUUCAUAGCGCAAGACAUUUGGUUCCAGAACACGGCAGGAGCGGCGAAGCACCAAGCGGUGGCACUCCGUGUCGGUGCUGAUCAAUCCGUCAUAAACCGUUGCCGCAUCGCUGCAUACCAAGACACCCUCUACACACACACCCUACGUCAAUUCUACAGAGAUUGCUACAUCACUGGCACGGUCGAUUUCAUCUUUGGAAACGCAGCUGUGGUGUUUCAGAAUAGUAAACUUGUUGCUAGGAAACCCAUGAGUGGCCAAAAAAAUAUGGUGACAGCACAAGGCCGAACUGACCCAAACCAGAACACAGGGAUUUCGAUUCAGAAUUGUGAGAUCAUACCCAGCUCUGAUCUUGCACCGGUGAAGAGUUCAUUCCCAACUUAUCUUGGAAGGCCAUGGAAAGAGUAUUCUAGGACUGUAGUGAUGCAAUCAAAAAUUGGGGAACACAUUGAUCCACAAGGAUGGGCGGCAUGGGAUGGGGAGUUUGCAUUGAAGACAUUGUAUUAUGGGGAGUACUCGAAUAGUGGAGCGGGUGCAGGUACCAGCAAGCGAGUGAAAUGGGCUGGUUAUCAUGUCAUCACCAAUGCAGCGGAAGCGAAGAAAUUCACGGUGGCGGAGUUGAUACAAGGUGACGCGUGGUUGAAAUCAACUGGAGUGGCUUAUACUGAGGGUCUCUGAGAUCCCCACUUUCUCUGUAUUGUAUUUUGUAUCGGUAAUAAUUUCAGUUUAAUGAAUGGUUGGUUCUAG